AUGUGGGUCAAGUUCAAAGCUACUUACGAUCGAAACAACGAUUCAUUACGCAUCGAAUUCCUGCUCAUCCCAGCAGCUGUUCUAGCUCUUCUCAUUAACCAUGAAUUCACUAUUAUGGAGGUAAUGUGGACCUUCUCCAUCUACCUCGAAUCUGUCGCUAUCAUGCCGCAGCUCUUUAUGUUGUCUCGCACUGGAAACGCGGAGACUAUCACUGCCCAUUAUCUGUUUGCUCUCGGAUCUUAUCGAGCUCUCUAUAUCGUCAACUGGAUCUUCAGGUGA